AUCAGUGCAGAAUGAAGGUCCCAGGAGAAAAGAUCACAUGGUUUUCUCUGCCCUGUGACGUCACCAGCAGAUGGCAUGGGUACCAGCUCUGGCAGUUGGCAUCAAUGUCACUUUUUAGAGAUCAAUGAGAUAGUGCAGAUAUACACAGAUCUAGACUCCAGGAGACGAUGCGACAUUCAGAUUGAAAAGAUUUGGAAGGCACAAAAUGAAAACUGAUUAUUGAAUGAGAUUUUUUUAAAGGCCAAGGUAACAUAAGAUUAUAACGUCAUGUUAACACUACCAUUUGAUGAGUCUGUUGUAAUGCCAGAGUCCCAGAUGUGCAGAAAGUUUUCCAGAGAAAGUGAAGACCUCAAGCAGAUCAAGAAACCGGAAAGCUUUGCAAAGCAAAUCACUCACCAAGGGAAAAGUCUUAAAAGAUCUAUGGCAGAAGAUACAGAAAAAGAGGAGGUGGAAGAUGACCGAGAGGAAGAGGAUGAGAAUGGUUUACCUAGGAGGAGGGGCCUUCGGAAAAAAAAGAUGACCAAGAUGAGGAUGGACAGGGUCAAAUUCAGGCGACAAGAAGCCAAUGCAAGAGAAAGAAACAGAAUGCAUGGCCUCAAUGAUGCUCUGGACAGUUUAAGGAAAGUGGUCCCUUGUUAUUCCAAAACACAAAAACUGUCUAAAAUAGAAACAUUGAGACUUGCCAAAAAUUACAUAUGGGCUCUUUCUGAAAUCUUACGAAUUGGCAAGAGGCCUGAUUUGCUGACGUUUGUCCAAAACCUAUGCAAAGGUCUCUCCCAGCCAACGACAAACUUGGUGGCAGGAUGCCUACAGCUGAAUGCCAGGAGUUUCUUGAUGGGUCAGGCAGGGGAAAGUACCCAUCAUGCCAGAUCCCCCUACUCUACUUUCUACCCUCCCUAUCACAGCCCAGAGCUGAGCACUCCCCCAGGUCAUGGAACACUUGACAAUUCCAAGUCCAUGAAACCCUACAAUUACUGCAGCGCUUAUGAGUCCUUCUAUGAAAGCACUUCUCCUGAGUGUGCCAGCCCACAGUUUGAAGGUCCCUUAAGUCCUCCCCCGAUUAACUAUAAUGGGAUAUUUUCCCUCAAGCAAGAAGAAGCUUUGGACUAUGGCAAAAACUACAAUUAUGGCAUGCAUUAUUGUGCAGUGCCACCCAGGGGUCCCCUUGGGCAGAGUUCUGUAUUCAGGUUGCCUACAGAGAGCCACUUCCCUUACGACCUACAUCUGCGCAGCCAGCCUCUCACCAUGCAAGAUGAAUUAAAUGCAGUUUUUCAUAAUUAAUGAGGAAAAUGAAAAUAAACAGUGGUCAUUCACCUCUCCGUCUAAUUAAGACAAAGCAGAUGCUUGUGCCCCAUUCAGUCCAUGCAACUCUAUUUAAAAAUGUGUUUGCUAGUUUCUAAAGUGUGUCAGCUAUUGUGGGACUUUUUUAUUUCUGUGUAAUAACAGCAGCAGCAGCAGCAACAACAAUAAUAAUAACAAUAAUUUUACUUAUCAGUAUUUAAUUCCAUUUGGAUCUUGGUAAGCACUGUGAGAUUCUUUUUCUGAUAAUUUUUCCCCCUUCCUCCCCUAUUCAUUCAAUUUUGUCGAGCAGUGUGUCUAAAUAAAAUUGUUGAGCUGAAAAAAUGCACACUGUAUAAAGUCUGCAAUAGUAUUUUGAUUGUACAGUAACUAUACCAAUGCAUGCUAUUGAAAUCAGACAAGUAAAAAUGAUGUAUUUAUAAUAAUUAGAAAUGAUAUAUUAUGUAAUGGGGAAGAGGUGAAUUUUUAAAUUCUCCAGAUUUUUUUUUUAAAAUUAAAGAAAAACUGUCGCAGGCAUCACGCAGUGGAGAUGGUGCAGCAAUAUUUUAAGCUAUGCAAAAAAAAAAAAUCAAAAGAAAGUGCAUAUAAAUAAAAUGAAUGGUUAUCAUUGACAAUUCUUCAGCUUAAAAUUUAAAACAUUUGAUGGCAGGGGCUACCUAUCCUUUAGAAGGUUUUUUCACAGGUUUUGCAUCCAUCAUUUUAAUAUAAAAAUCAUACGCUAUCGGCACUUCUUUUGUAUUAUUUUGCCUUCACAUGUAAAGUUUGUUAGAAUGUUUAACUGUGUUUUUCGUUACUUAUUUUAAAUGCAAUUAAACAUAGAUGUUUUGAAGUCUAA